UGUUUUUUUGGUAGCCUUAUUUAAAACUCAAAUCUAGGUUCUUUCCUCCUCACUAUUCAGUCCAGCAUCAUAAGUUUUUCAACUCCUUCCACACUUUCUGACUGAGGAAUGGCUACAGCUGGUAAAGCUCGGCAAUUCACAGCGUUUGUGGACCACAAACCAAUUAAAUUGGCCAUGAGAAAUUGACUGAACCUCAAAGCGAGUCCACCUCAUAUUGGGUUCAGGAUUCAAGUGUAAGGAUGGGGUUCCUCAGACGGUUGAAGUCUACAUGCACAAGAAGGUGAAGCUAGAUGAGUUCAUCACCCACAACACGACGUUUGCCCAGGUCAAUGAUGCCAUUGAACUGAUGAAGCAAGGCAAAUGCAUCCGGACAGUCCUGGGUGUCUUACCAGAAUAAGACGGUUGUGUUGCUUCAAUGACACAAAAAUGAUUUACUGACGUGCAGAUGUAACGCUGUACAGGAUUUCUACCUUAUAUUCAAAGCACAAUAUAAUGCACAUUUUAAGCUUAUCAGACCAUGUCCAGUGUACACACCAGAUGUAUUCAGAGCAGUUAGUUACGUCACGUUUGCUUAACUUGGCAGGUAGUGUUGAAAAUAUUAUUCAAGCACAACUGUUAUCAGUAUUCAGCAGUAAUAGAUUAACUGCAACAGCAAUAGAUACAUGUGAUAUAAACAAAAGGUCACUGUAAUGAUAUAAAUAAAUAAAAAGGCAUUUUCAUAUUUCUUAUUUAUUUAGUAAAAAUGGGGAUUACAAUAUGAAACACAUUUUAAAAUAAGGGACAAUAUACCCUAAUGCGCACAUGUAACAUCACUCAAGGACUCAAACAUUAGUGCAUUCUUUUUCAUGGGGGGAAAUAUCAUUAUUUAUUUGUUUGUAAAACAAAAAAGUAAACAACAGCUCACUAAAGUGCAAGUGCUGCCCCCUAGCUGUGACAAUGUGUGUGACAUGUAAAAAGCAUGUUUAACAAAGACACAACAUUUAAGUGCGUGUAUUAUUGUUUGAGCGAAAAACAAAGGUGGACGCUGGGAAGUUGUUUCGAUAUUAGAGUUUUUAUUUCUGUAGUCUAAACUGUGGAGGGUAACAUUGGAGAAGCCAGCAAAGGUUAAAUAUAUUUUGAAGAAUUCCAUCAUUCUCAGCUAUUAGCAUACAAGGUAGAUCUCACUUCUCUUAACUUGCAUCCCUGCGUCCCUCACUUGCGCCUUUUCCUUGCGCAUUAGUCCCUCCCACCAGUGAUGCGCGGAGAGACUCAAGGUAACUAGCGAAGAAAGAGGAAGCAAGGAAAUUAGCUUCAAGAGCAAUGGAGCGCCACAGGGAUGACAUAUUUCUGAAGGCCAACCCGGAUAAUGCUGCACAUGGGUUCCUUCGACAAAAAAGCAAUGCGAUUUCUCGAGAGGCUUUUGGAAUAUUGUAAAAAAUAAGAUCUGUGGAAAACAAACCUGUGUGAUAAAUGCACCUUUUGUUCAGUUGGAUAAUCUCAGUUAGUUUACCUAACCGGAAACAGCUGGUAGUUCACAGAAACUGGCUGUAGAGUUUAUUGCUUGAUAUUGGCGAUCGGAAACAGUUAGCCUAUGUUAGUACACGUUUGUAUCAUUUGUUGUAGACCCAAAUACAUUUAAUGAAAUAACAACUCAUUUUCAAAAAGAAAUUGCAGCGUCUCCGGCACAAAUAAGUGCCAUGGGACGCUCCUUAAGAUGGCGUCCAAAAAUGUACUGCCGGUGAGACUGAGGAGCGAGGAAAUUACUUCAUAAGAGAAGUGGGAUCUACCCAUACAGUAGUUGCCAGCAUGCAUUGUACAAAUUAUUCACGAAUGCUUCCUUUUUGUAACUUGAAGACAAUAACACAAUGUGCUUGCAGUGUGCAAAAUAUAAUCUGGCCUCAAUGUUGUCCCCAGUACAUGAUUAAGUAGGGUAUAUAGAGGCCAGACCAACAUGUGCAGUGUUUUUGUCUGAGCCCCUGGGCCUCUCUCCAAACAUGAGCUCUACAAUACAUAGAUAGAUGGAAUCGUAGGAUGAAGCCCUCUUUAUUAGUCACAUACAUGCACACAGCAGAGCACACAAAGUGAAAUUGGUCCUCUGCAUUCUAUUGUGCAGCGCCCAGGGAGCAAGGAGGUGUCCGGUGCCUUGCUCAAGGGCACCACAGCAUGGCCUAGGAGGUGAACUGGGACAUCCAAGUAGCAGUCCACUUUCCAUAUUUCAUGUUUGGGGACUUGAACCGGCGACCCUACGAUUCCCAGUCCAAGCCCCUACUUACUGAGCCACUGCUGGACACUGUAUAUGGCCCACAUCUGACCCUACAUACAGUAUCUGACCCAGCUUUAAGUGAUCAGUCAGCAAGUGAUAAAAUAGCUGCAGAAGUUUUGUUCUUCUUUUCCCACAUUUAUCUGUUACAAAGGAAACAGUCCCUGCCCAUCUGGAUGUUUGCGUUACUGCUUUUCUUCCGCAGCUGUGUUGAAACAGCACUCCUCCAUUCUUGUGGUGUUUCUUUCUCAACUCCUGCACUUUUCAGCAGUCUGAGUUUCUCUGCAAAAUUGGCCACUGCUGGUAAGGCAGAUUCAAAAUAGGAGAAAUCUUUAGUGCAACUGUGCAGUUUAAAUCAAUUUUUCAGAGUAUAGUUUUAGGUAUAGUUAGUACUUUAGAUUUAUGUAUUUUACAUGAAAAUUAUGGAUUGAUUUACAUUUGAAAUUGUGGGUGUUCAGAGUUGAUGUGAUUUUCUUUGCACAUGUAUAUCUAACUCAAACUUGAAAUAUUGUGAAUAUGUUUCCCUCCUCUCCCAAAGUUAAAUAUUGCAUGUCCUUUUUUGACUUAGCCCAAAGUUGGAAACUAUCCAGACACUUUUGCGAAGCUGUGGAUAUUGGCAAAGAUCAGGGGGUAGAAAGCCAAAAUGGUCUUGGCUAAAUCCUAACAAUUAAAUAAAGACCGAAGACACUUCAAGUCAAAUCCCUUCAUUUAUGAAUGAUUUACUAAAUGUUGUACUUUACGAGGUGAUUUUUGUGAACUUUAAACUCUGGAUUUGCAUAUGCUGUUUGAAGGGGCAGCUGUACUAAAAUAGAUAAAUGUGACUCCAAUUUAUCUUAGAGACAUUAUUCAUAAUUAUGCAGGAAGCAUAUGAAACUCCUUUCAUUAUGAAGAUUACUAAUGAUGUAACUCAGGCGAAUCGUUUAAAACCACAGCUGAACACAUAUUUGUUCAGUUUAGCUUUUAAUUAGCAGCAUCCCAUUGAAUUGUUUUUUAUCCAUAUGCAUAUUCCUAUUAUUUUAUUCAUUUAUUUAAUAGUUUUAAGGUUUUAUUUUAUGUCAAUAAUUUUGUCUUGUGUCUUUCUUACAUUUUCUGAGUGUGUUAUCUGAUGUGAAUUUUUCAAUUAUUUUUACUAGCUUACUUUUAUUCAAUUAUUGUAUUAUUCCCUUGCAUAUUUCGCCCGUUUAUACCCUAAAAUCGUAUAUAUCAUGCACAUAUGCUGCAUGUGUUUAUCUCAUGUUAGGUGGUAUUUAGUUUACACUUUGAUCUGCAUCCUGUGUAUAAAGUGCUAUACAAAUAAAGCUCUAUUAUAAUUAUUGUUAUUAUUAUAUUUGCAUAUUGGCGUGAAAAUCAAUGUUGUUCCUCUAGGUGAGCUUGAAAUAAUAUUACAGAAGACAGUGACAUUGCAUCGAAUGCUUAUGUAGUGAAAUGCAGGGCUUGACUGGGUGUGGUCAUUCGGUAGAACCUUUCCAGAAACCUAUAUUUUUAAUUGUGGCAGACCCAAGUCAUGUGAGAUUUCAUGCCUGUGUCAUUGUCACUGCAGGUCAUCAAGUGCAAGGCAGCAGUGGCCUGGGAGCCAAACAAGCCUUUGGUGAUGGAGGAUAUUGAAGUAUCCCCACCAGAGGCCAACAUGGUCCGCAUCAAGAUUGUGGCAACCGGGGUGUGCCACACCGACCUGUAUCAUCUAUAUGAGGGUAUGGGUGAAGACGACUUUCCAGCAGUUCUCGGCCAUGAGGGAGCCGGUAUCGUAGAAAGCGUUGGCCCUGGAGUCACUGAAUUCCAACCGGGAGACAAGGUUAUUCCUCUGAUCAUCCCUCAGUGUAAAGAAUGUCGCUUCUGUAAGAGUCCUAAAACCAACCAGUGUGAGAAAGGAUGGGAUGGUGGUGAUGAUGUGAAUGCAUUAGCAGUUUCCAGGUUGACCUGUAAGGGGAAGAAGGUGCUGCAGUUCAUGGGGACCAGUACCUUCUCUGAGUACACAGUGGUUAACCAGAUGGCUGUGGCUAAGAUCGACCCUGCUGCCCCUCUGGACAAAGUCUGUCUUCUUGGCUGUGGAAUCACCACAGGAUAUGGAGCAGCAGUUAAUACUGCUAAGGUGGAACCAGGCUCCACAUGUGCUGCGUUCGGUCUGGGAGCCGUGGGUUUGGCUGCAGUCAUGGGCUGCAAGGCUGCAGGAGCCAAGAGGAUCAUCGCUGUUGACAUCAAUCCAGAGAAGUUUGAGAAGGCCAAGGUGUUCGGGGCGACCGACUUUGUGAACCCCAAGGAUCACAGUAAACCAAUCAGCCAAGUUCUGUCUGAGAUGACUGACGGAGGAGUGGACUUUUCCCUGGAAUGUGUCGGGAAUGUUGGAGUCAUGUGCAGUGCCUUGGAGUCUUGUGUGAAAGGUUGGGGUGUCAGCGUGAUUGUUGGCUGGACAGACUUGCACGACGUUGCUGCCCGACCCCUUCAGCUUAUCGCUGGACGCACAUGGAAGGGCUCCCUGUUUGGAGGAUUUAAGAGUAAGGAUGGCGUGCCUCAGAUGGUUAAAGCCUACCUGGACAAGAAGGUGAAGGUAGAUGAGUUCAUCACCCACAACAUGACUUUGGAUCAGGUCAAUGAUGCCAUUGAACUGAUGAAGCAAGGCAAAUGUAUCCGGACAGUCCUGAGUGUCUCUCAACAAUAAUACCACUGCUGCUUUCAACCGACACAAAACUAAUUUGAAGUACAUUGUUGUACAGAUGUUGAACACAAUGUCUAUACUCCGAGUAGUUGCACAUAAUAAAAGGAUUAAACAAUG